CAUUUAACGGUAUUCCACGAACAAUGACACUUGGGGUGUCUAAGGCUUGAACGACACAGAGAUUGGGGGACCACUCUGAAGUUGUUAAACGUGAAGUUGCUGUGGAUACUGAAGUUUGGUUUUCUAUCCCUGCUACUGGACAAACAUCUAUGAAGAUGUGCUGGAGGAAUACGUGGGACCUUUGAGGAGAGCAUGUGUCUGAAUCUGAAGUCAACUUGGGACAUUACUCAGCCUUCAGGAGACGAGUGGCACUGCUUCUUACCUCGAAGAGAGACUGCAAGUGCGGAAUGUAUGUUGGCGGUCGUUCCCCGCGACUGAAGCGAGAAAUUCUGCAGAGGAGAAGUUGGACUGUCUUGCUCUGGUGAAUAGCUGCCACUUUGCAAUUUCCUGGACUGUUUACGUUGAAGUGAGGCUGACAAAGAAGCAGAGAUGGAUGUUUUUGGUGGUGCACCACGUUUCUUGGCCUAUCCAAGACCUGUGGUGGUACAAAGUGGAACUGAUGCAGUCCUAAAGUGUCAAAUUGGUGGUGAUCCAAGGCCUGCAGUUAUCUGGGAGCGUAACAAUGAAAAGAUUGACCCACAAGGACGAUACAGGGUCUUUGAGGAUGGAAAUGUUUACAAUCUCAUCAUUUCAGCUGUGACCACAGAGGAUAGUGGACAGUACAUAUGCAAAGCAAAGAACAGCAUUGGGGAAACAUACGCAGCAGCCACACUGAAGGUGGAAGGUGAGGCCCAAGAGAUGGAGUUACGAGAGGAAAAUAAGCCUCGAUUCCUCAUCAAGCCACUGUCCACUCGCGUGGGUCGUGGGGAAGAUGCUGCCUUCUCUUGUAAGCUCUGGGGAAACCCUCGCCCAGAGGUUGUCUGGGAAAAGGAUGGCAGGAAACUCAAUGAAAUAUUUGAAAGCACACAUUUCAGUGUGGGCUACCAGGAUGGUGGAUGGUUCCAGCUCAAGAUCUUUAAGACUCGUGCACCUGAUGGUGGUGUAUACACAUGCAAAGCCAGGAAUGAGUUCGGGGAAGCGCUGGCAGGAGCCGUGUUGCUCGUUGAUGCUGGCCCAGGACAUGAGGAUGAAGGAAAUCGUAACGGUUACACAAAUGGCCACUGGAAAGGCCUGGGAAAACAGAGGAUUGGCAGGCAAGUGCCAAACCGCCUCAGAGACGACACCAUGACCAAGUCCACUAAAGUAAAAAUGUUUGCUGUGACAGAGGGUAAACAUGCCAAAUUCCGCUGCUUUGUGACUGGGAAACCCAAACCAGAGAUUAUUUGGAGGAAAGAUGGCAGGCUGAUACUGUCUGGAAGGCGUUAUUUGUUAUAUGAGGACAGAGAAGGAUACUUCACACUUAAAGUUCUGUACUGUAAGCAGAAGGAUAACGGAGUUUAUGUUUGUGCUGCAUCAAACACUGCCGGGCAAACCCUCAGUGCUGUCCACCUCUCCGUAAAGGAGCCGCCUGUGCGGUUCAAGCAGCCUCUCAUUGAUCUCGAAGUAUGGGAACGAGAUUUGGCUGUUCUCGAGUGUGAAGUUCCAGAGGACUCUGUUCCCAUCACAUGGUAUCUGGAGGAUAGACGACUGCAGCCAGGGGCCAAAUAUGGAAUGGAGGAGUGGGGAACAAAACGGCGACUAACUAUUCGUGACAUCGGAGUCGACGAUGAUGGGAUUUACCUCUGUGAGAUGCCCGAUGGGGGGAGAAGCAUUGCAGAGGUAGCUGUGAAAGGGACAAUAUUACGGAAGCUUCCACGGAAGGUGGAUGUAUUGGAAGGCGAAAAUGCUGCCUUUUGUGUUGAAGUGGAAAAAGAAGAAAUGGACAUACAUUGGUACAAAGAUGGCGUGGAGCUGCGUGAAACACAUCAGACCAUCCUUAAGUCCUUUGGUCGCACUCACAUCCUGGUUUUCGUGAAUACAAUGCCCCAAGACUCUGGCCUUGUCACUUUCCUUGUCGGCAGAUCCAAGACUUCCUCUCAACUGAGAGUGAAAGCGGCCAGACAUUGUCCUCCCAGUUGUCCAGUGAGUGUGCAGAUCAACACAGAGCGAGCAAAUGCAGCUCUUCUCUCAUGGGUUCCGGCUCAGGACUCACGAAAGAAUCCUCCAUCUGGAUACGUGCUUGAGCGACAGGAAGUGGGCACCGGGUCACAGGAGUGGCUACAGUGCCUGACCACUGACUCUGCAACCUCUGUGGAGAUCCUUGGUGACAGCGUACCAUGUGAAGCUGACUAUCGAUUUCGCAUUUGCAGUGUAAACAAAUAUGGAAAGAGCAACAAUGUUGAGUUCCCUAAGGCUGUUCACUUGGUUCCAGUUGCCAGAAUACAAGCUCCCUUACAGGAUGCCUUGGUGCCAGAGGGACAAGAUGCCCUCUUCUCUAUUGAGCUAUCUGCUUCAGUUAUCGGUACAUGGUUUCUAAAUGGAACUCAGCUUCAGGAGGAUGAACGUUUUUCCAUGCGUCGGACGCGAACACACCAAUCUCUUCGUAUACGGGGAGUACGUGAUACAGACAAUGGAGCUGAGAUCACAUUUAUUGCCUACGGCAUCAGAGAUUCUGCAGCAUUGUACAUUCAAGCUCCUCUUGUCAAGUUUUCAUCACUGUCAGAAAUGGACCGAAAUAAAUUUGUAGAAGUUGGGAACCCCAUUGUGCUCUACUGUGAGCUGUCAGACCCUGCAGCUCCUGUGCACUGGUACAAGAAUGGGGUGGAAUUACAAACAAUAGAGGGUCUUCAUAUCCAAUCAGAGGGCACCAUGAGAAGAAUUGUCAUCCAGUCAGCAGAGUUCUCACAUUCGGGAGUAUAUUGCUGUGAUGCCAUUGAUGACGUCAUCAGGUUCAAUGUGGAAGUAGAGGCCCCACCUGUGAGGUUUUCAGCAAUUCCAGAUGCUGAGAGGAACAAAACCAUCCAAAAAGGCUACCCCAUUGUUUUACGAUGUGAGCUCUCAGAUCCUUCGGCCCAGGUGCACUGGUACAAGGAUGGGUCAAAGCUCCAUCCUCAAACUGGCGUAGAUUUUCAAACUGAUGGCUUGGAGAGAAAGCUGAUUGUCCAAUCAGCAGAUUUUUUCCACUCUGGGUUAUACUGCUGCAAGACAAAGGGUGACACCAUCACAUUCAGUGUGGACAUCAAAGCUCCACCUGUGAAGUUCUCACCAAUUCCUGAAGCAAUGAGGACCAAGUUGAUCGAAGCAGGCUGCCCUAUUUUACUCCAGUGUGUGGUGUCGGAUCCAGAGGCCCAAGUUUGCUGGUACAAGGAUGAAAUGCAGCUCAUUUCAAACUCUGGGUUAGAAAUCCACUCAAAGGGCAACACAAGGACAUUAGUUGUUCAGUCUGCAGAGCUGUCCCACUCGGGUGUGUACAGAUGCAGCACACAGGAUGAUAUCGUGGAGUUUCAAGUGGACAUCAAAGCACCAUCUCCAACAUAUCUUCUUGGUCCUGAUGUUGAGAAGACCAAGUCUACUGAAGUGCUAAGCCCCAUUGUUCAGCAAUUUGAGAUUUCAGAUCCCAUUGCCAAAGCCUGUUGGUACAAAGAUGGAACUCCGAUCUACCCAAAAAAAGAAGUUGACUGUGAAUCACAGAGCAGCAGCCAAACCUCGCCUGUCCAGUCAUAUGACGUGUCUGGUGAUGUGAGAUUUGGCUGUGAAACAUCUGGUGAUGCACAGUUAAAUGUGGACAUGAAAGCAGAGCAGUGUCACUAUGGUGAUGAGAUUGGUGAGAUAGCUGAUGCAUCUGUCCAAUACACUGUGGAUGUCAAAGCUCCGCCUGUGACAAUUACAACACUUGGUGAGGCUGAGAGGAACAAGUCUGUUGAAGUUGGUGAACCCAUAGUGCUGCGAUGUGAGAUAUCAGAUCCUAACGCUCACGUUACUUGGUGCAAGGAUGGAAUAAAACUACAUGACGCAGCUGGGCAGGACAUGCUGGCAGAGGGUUCCAUAAGAACGCUGGCUUUCCAGUCAGUGAUGCCGUCUCAUACAGGGGUUUACAGCUGCAAGACAACAGAUGAUGAAGUGCAGUUUCAUGUGGAUGUCAAAGCUCCACCUCAGACGUUUUCAGCUUUAUCUGAGGCUGACCAGAAUAAGAUGGUUAUGGCAGGCUGUCCCAUUGCUCUACAAUGUGAGCUGUCAGACUCCACAGGACAAGUCAGUUGGUACAAGGAUGGAACAAAGCUCCUACCUCAAAAUGGAGUAGACCUCCAGGCAGAAGGAAAUUUGAGGAGUCUAGUUGUCCCCUCAGCAGAGCGGGCUCAUACUGGCAUAUAUCGUUGUGAGUCAAAAGAUGAUGACAUCCAGUUUGCUGUGGAAGUAAAAGCACUACCUGUGAAGUUCUCAGACCUUGAAGAAAGUGACAGGAACAAGUCCGUCCAAGAAGGCUCUCCCAUUGUCCUCAGCUGUGAACUCUCUCAUGAUCCUUCUGCUCAUGUUGACUGGUACAAGGAUGGGACGAAACUCCUACCACAACACAAUAUGGAAAUUCAGUCAGAUGGUCUGACAAGGACACUACACAUCCAUUCAGCUGAAGAUACACAUGGUGGCACCUAUGAAUGUUCAACAUCAGAUGACACCAUCACAUUUACAGUGGAAGUAAAAGGCCGAUCGCCACAGAUCAUGCCAAUCCCACAAUCAGAAAAAUACAAGAUGAUUGCAAUUGGUUGUCCAAUUAUCCUCCAAUGUGAGGUUUCAGACCCCGUUGCCCAGGUUUCCUGGUUUAAAGAUGAGGUGGAGCUUUUUUGCAGAACUGGCCUUGAUAUGAAAAGAGACGGCAGCCUAAGAAAACUAAUGAUUAAUUCUGCUAAGGUCUCUGACUCUGGCCUCUACAGCUGUAGCCUCAUUGAUGAUGUAGUGACAUUCCAUGUGGAAAUCGAAGAAACUCCUGUGAGGUUCUCAGCACUACCAGAGGUCGCAAGAAACAAAUUCAUUGAAGCAGGCUGCCCAAUUAUGCUGCAGUGUGAAGUCUCUGAGCCAACUGCCAAAGUCUAUUGGCAUAAGGAUGGAGAACAGCUACUUCCAAAGAGUGACUAUGAAAUCCAAACAAAAGAAAAACUGAGAGCGGUGGUUAUUAAGUCAGCAGAAGUCAGACACUCUGGGCUGUACAGCUGUGAGGCCGCAGAUGACCAUAUAGAAUUCAAGGUGGAUGUUGCAGCGCCACCGGUAACAUUUGCUGAUGUCCCAGAGGAGGACCUUUUCAAGAGUGUCGUGGAACAAGAACAGCUUGUUCUGUCGUGCGAACUAUCAAGGGCUGAUGGUGUUGUCCAGUGGUACAAAGAUGGAACUGAAAUGCAACCAAGUGAUAAUGUUACAAUGCAAGCAGAAGGCACCAAGAGGAAUCUGACUAUACAUUCAGCCCAACUAUCUGACACGGGCACAUACACAUGCCGCGCAGGAGACAACAUUUUAAUGUUCAAGGUCAACAUACGAGAACCACCGGUGAUGAUAGUCUUCCCCAAGGAGGAUGUCCAUCUUGAGCGUCACGUCCCUGAGGAAAUUAUUCUGAGCUGUGAAUUGUCUCGUCCCAACGGUGUUGUUAGCUGGUACAAAGACGGUCAAAAGCUGCAAGAGAGUGAGAACAUCAAGCUCAAGAUUGAAGGCCCUUACCGACGACUAAAGAUUCUUUCCAGUGGAGUUGAAGAUUCUGGAGAAUACGUCUGUGAUACAGCUGACGAUUCAAUAUUCUUUCACCUUAAUAUUACAGAACCUCCAGUGCGGAUUGUGUCCCCAAGUCAGUCCCAAAUGGAACUGUGCCAGCAGACCUCUGAGAGGAUGGUGCUGAGCUGUGAGAUCUCCCGGCCUAAUGCAGUUGUGCGUUGGUAUCGAGACGGACUGGAAGUGGAGGAGAAUGACAACCUAAUUCUAGAGGUGGAUGGCGUGUACAGAAGACUUAUCAUACCUGAAACUACAGUCAAAGAUUCCGCUGAAUACGUCUGCGAUACAGCAGAUGACUCCAUGACAUUCUUCGUGAACAUAGCAGAACCUCCUGUUCGCUUUGUACGUCCAAGGAAGAUGGCAAGCAGAGUAGAGAAGGUGGCUGGGGAGAGUCUUGUUCUAGACUGUGAGGUUUCAAGAUCAAAUGCAGAGGUCACCUGGAAGAAGAACGGGGAAGAAGUAGAGGACUCCAGAAAUAUUACUAUCCUGGAGGAUGGGGUUGUGCGUCAAUUAACCGUUCACUCACUAACACUGGAGGAUGCUGGGCAAUAUAUCUGUGAUGCAAAGGAUGAUGUGAUGGAUUUCAACGUGAAAGUGCAAGAUUUACCUGUAAAAAUUCUUGGAAAAACCGAUGCAAAAACGGAAAAGCAGUUCCUAGUGUCUGAUGAUAUCAUUCUGGUGUGUGAGCUAUCGAGAUCCAAUGCCUCAGUCAGUUGGUACAAAGAUAAUCAGUUAAUUGACGACACUGAGCGGUACUGUAGUGAGGAGCAAGGUGUUUUUCGAUCACUGGUUGUCCUAAAUGCUGAGCUCAAGGAUUCAGGAGAGUACACCUGUGAUGCAGUGGAUGAUAAAAUGGUCUUCUAUAUCACUGUCAAAGAGCCUCCGGUACAGAUCAUUGGCAACUCAGGCCACCCAGAGCAUCAUAUCCUGGUAGCAGGAGAUGACCUUAUUUUGGAAUGUGUGGUUUCUCGGCCCAACGCCACCGUGCAGUGGUUAUGCAACGGCGAGAUACUGAAACCAGACACUCGCAUACAAAUUGACAGCCAUGACGUUGUGAGGAAGCUUGUUCUUUCUGGACUUCAGCCUUCAGACUCUGGAAGAUACAUUUGUGACGCCAUCGAUGACAAAUUAAUAACAAUUGUUGAGGUCCAAGAACCACCAGUAACUUUCGUGGAUAAAGAAGCAUAUGAGGAUAGCAUCUCAGCCUAUGAAAAUGAGAGUGUUACACUGUGUGCCACUGUGAACCGAGAAAGAGCUAAUGUUCGGUGGCUGAAAGAUGGCCAACUAUUGAACGAGGACAACAUUCACAUCUCCAGUGAGGGUAAUACCCACAAGCUCACCAUUAAUCCUCUGCAGCUGUCAGAUUCUGGAGAAUAUGUCUGUGACGCAAGCACAGAUGAGAUGUAUUUCAGUCUUUUAGUCAAAGAAAUGAAGGCAAGAUUUAUCAGACCACUGGAGAACAUUGCGUCUCUGAAGGGCAGCAGCCUUAUUUUACGAUGUGAGAUCAGCAAGCCCAAAGGAGAUGUCCAGUGGCUGAAAGAUGGCCAAGAGAUCUCUCCAAGCCGACGACACACAAUACGAGCACAAGGUCGAGAGCGAAGCUUUACCAUCCACCAGCUAAUGGAAGAAGAUGCUGGAGAGUAUGCCUGUGAAUCAACAGAUGACAGGACCUCCGCUACUGUCACUGUAGAAAUUCCCCGUGUUGUCGAGUUCAUAGCGGAGCUCCGUAACAUCACGGUCUGUGAGGGAGAAGAUGCAGUAUUUAAAUGUGUGGUUUCACCGGAGGACACUCAGUUGGUGUGGCACUUAAAUGGCAAGCAAGUUGCUCUAAAUGAGCGCACUGUCAUUUCAAGCAAUGGACUAUGCCACAUGCUCUGCAUCCACAACUGCAUGGUUUCAGAUAGCGGCAAAGUGACAGCUGAUGCAGAGGGGUUGGUAUCAGAGGCAGAACUCAAGGUUCAAGAGCAACAGGUGCUGUUUGCCAAGAAAAUGACACCAGUUGUAGCUGAAGAGUACAGUGAGGCAACUCUAGAGGUGGAGGUGAGUCUGGAUUCGGAAGAGUUGCAGUGGAUGCGGCAAGGGGUGCUGAUCCACCCUGGACCCAAGUAUACACUGAAACACAAGGGCCUAAAACACAGUCUCACCAUCCACAAACUGUCCAUGUCUGACCGAGGCACCUACAGCUGUGAAACCCUCCAUGACCGCACGCAAGCCCAGCUCACUGUGGAACCUCGAAAAAUCAAAAUCAAGAGAGGACUGAUGGACAUUAAAACCACAGAGAGAGAAACGGCAUCUUUUGAGGUUGAGCUCUCCCAUCCCCAAGUCACCGGCACCUGGAUGAGAAACGGAAUCCAGCUUAAGCCGACAAGUCACUUCCGUAUGAGUGCCAAAGGACAAGUCCACAGCCUGACUAUCUCUAACCUAUCAGUAGAGGACACGGCCACCUUUACGUUCUCUGUGGAGCAUUUGAAGACGUCUGCAAGGCUUGUUGUAAAAGAGCCACCGGUCACAAUUUUCAGAAAACUGGAAGACCAGAGAUUCCCUGACGGGGCAGUAAUCUCUAUUGAGUGUGAGCUGUCAAGACAUAAUGUUGAUGUAAAAUGGAUGAAGAAUGGGGUUGAGGUGAAACCAGGCAAGGACUUGCGCAUUUAUGCAAUGGGAAGGAAAAGAUUUCUUCAGAUCGUGAAGUGUAAUGUCAGUGAUUCUGGGAUUUACACCUGCGACGCUGGAGAUGCUACAACGUCUUGCACCGUGGAGGUCUAUGAGCGCGAGCUGCUGAUACAGCAGGGCCUCGAGGACCUGGACAUCCAGGAAGAUCAGAACGCGGUGUUUGUUUGUGAGAUCUCGGUGGAAGAUGUGCCAGGAGAGUGGUACAAAAACGGGGAGAGGAUACAACCCACCAGCACCAUCAAGAUCCGCCAAGAAGGGACCAAACACUUUCUUCUUAUGUGCAACGUGCGAGCAGAGGACUCCGGAGAGAUCAAGUUUGUCGCCAGACAUGUUGAAUCUGUGGCUUACCUGGAGGUGGAAGAGCUUCCUGUCAACAUCGUUAAACCUCUGCAGGAUAAGACCGCCCUCGAGAAGAGCCGUGUGAUCCUCGACUGCACCGUGUCCAACCCCAGAUGUAGCAUCCGCUGGUACAAAGGCGUCAACGUCAUCCUGCCCUCCGAGCGCUUUGAGAUCUGCAGUGAAGGCGGCUAUCGCAAACUGAUCAUCCAGCAGGUGGCGCUAGAAGACGAGGGCACGUACAGUGUGCAGGUUGGAGAGUAUUCGUGCUCUGCAAAACUGACAGUGGAGGCCCAGUCUCUGUUAAUGGUCAGAGAGCUGAAGGAUGUGGAAGUGAUGGCCCCCGACGACGCCUGCUUUGAGUGCGAGGUCUCGGCCCCCGUCACCAAAGCUCCCGUGUGGCGUCUGAACGGGGAGCCUCUGCAGUCCAGCUCUCAGGUGCGACUUGAGAAGAUGGGCACGGUCCACAGACUGACCCUCCUGCAGACCUCCCCGGACAUGAGUGGAGCGGUGGAGUUCACCUCGGGGAAGGCAACGAGCACGGCCCAGCUGCGAGUUCUGAGUGAUCCGUGAGUGACAUCAUCCACCUGUCAUCACCCGCCUAAUUGACAGUGAUUGAUUAUUACUUUGAUGCUUUUAAGUUGUAACACUGACAGAUAACGUUGCUUAUAUAUUUACAAACGGUAUGUCUAUAAAAAAAAAAAAAGGUUUAAACAGGGUUGUGAUGGAUUUUUCUUUCAGUAACUUGCAUUUAAGGAUUCACAUUUAUUGUUCAUAUAUAAAAUGUGUCAUAGUUAAGAGUGUGAAGAAAUGGUUCCUUUAUCAUUAUACAAAUUGCAGUUUGGAUGUAAAUAAUGUUUUGUGUGUAAGUGAUCUGACUGUCUGACUUGAUGUGUAUGCCAAGCGCGUAUUUGUGACAAUAAAUAUCUGAUUUCAAUACUGUAAGGAUUAAAUGAUGGUUUGAAAUAUGGUUUGAUUCAUGAAACAAGUGAAGUGCAAGUUCAGUUUUACGUAAAUGCACCUCAGCCACGAUGCAUGUGAAGAGACAUUUCAUUUCAUCCAUCAGUAUCUAAGGGUAAAAUCUACAAAUUCAUUUGUCAACUCAACUCAAUUGUCAGACCUGAUCUUGUCGUUUCAAAAAACAUUUAAAAAAAAAAAAAAAAAAGAACAAACAAAUGAAAAAUUGAGGAAAAACAAAUUUCCAUGAAUUUUUUUUUUUGUUUAUUUUUGUUUUUACCAAUAUUAACAGAAUUUCCUGAAAGUCGUGAUUAUUUCCUAAAUAAUAACCAAAUAACCAAAAUAAUUUAGGAGAUUUUUUGCUUUUAUUCUUAUUCCUUCAAAAAAGUAGAAAAUAAAGUGAAUUUGUGUUUUAUAAUAUGAAAAAAAAGACAAUUUUCUUCUUCUUUUUUGAAGGAAUUUUGAUUUUUUUUAACCAAAAUUUCCUGAAAUUCUUGAAUUUUUCCAGAUGAUUAGGAUGAUGAGUGAUUGUUUGCCCUGAUUAUUCUUCCUGAAUUAAGAAAAAAAUGGGUUUAUUUUGGUGAUUUUCUUCUUUUUUUUUUUUUUUACUGAAAUGUUUUUUAAUUCAGGAAAAAUUAUCAGGAGAAAUUAUCAGGAAAAUUAUCAGGAAUAAUUCAUGAGUAUCAGGAAAUUCAGUAAAUUUAGGUAACAACAAAAACAAACAAAAACAUUGAAGGAAUUUGUUUUUCCUCAUUUUUUUUUUUUUUUCACUUGGCAUCACUAAUAAAGGUUAAAGGUUAUGCUAGCAAAAAAAAUGUUCACCUGUUCUCCAGUCAUAAACACAACAGAAACAAAUGGAUCACCAGAAAAGAAUAAUAAUUCCCUCACUUGCUCCUCAGGGCUUCUGUAACAGCCACGUGGUCAUCUCAAACUUAUAUUUAUCUUCAGGCUGUAGACAGGAUCAUCUAAACAACAGCUGUUAGUUACUUACAUCUAACAAUUCAUAUCUAUUUUCACCAUUUUUUAUUGUAUAGACAUUUUAAAUGUUUUCACCGAAAACCUGAAGUUAUAGUUUGAAUGACGAGAGUUCUGUCUUGUAGAAAAGGGGCUUGUAAUGUAAAUACAUUGGGCCAAAAAUCUGGUAAUCUAGGAAAGAAAUACGUUUGAUAAAAUUACUUGAUCACCUUGAUUGAUAAUCAGGGCAUGUUUGUGUUUUUGUUGAGUGGAUACUGUGUUUGAACUUAACAGAGAACGAUAGUUGUUUUACAUAUGAAAUCUGUUCAUUAUUCCAUUUUUCCAUUUGUUUCCACCUCUGCCAUGUCGUGUUGAGCAUUAAGUAUGGUUAAAAAAAAAAAGUUCUGUAGUGACAGAUGACCUGUUUCAAUAAAACAUGCUUUAUUGGUGCAAGGUAAAAAUAUCUCUGGUUUUCUUCUUUUUUUCCCAAUCUUGACAUUUAAACAGCAGCAAUUUUAAAAACUUGAAAACUAAACUUGAACCAGUUUCUUAACUUGAGUCACAACGUUAAUAAUACUCUUGUUUGCAUACAGUAAAAAAAAAAAAAA